AUGUUUGCUUCAAAAUCCAGUUCUGUCUCCCCUUCUCCAUCCAUGGAGCAGGCAGAUUCGGAUGCUCUGGACAUCAGCACCAAAGUGCAGCUGUACGGUGUGCUCUGGAAGAGACCCUUUGGGAGGCAGUCAGCCAAAUGGUCCAGGAGGUUCUUCAUCAUUAAGGAAAGCUUCCUGCUGUACUAUGCUGAGAGUGAGAAGAAGAGUUUUGAAAGCAAUAAAUACUUCAAUAUCCAUCCCAAGGGUGUCAUACCCCUGGGAGGCUGCAUUGUGGAGCCCAAAGAAGAGGCCAACAUGCCUUAUGCCAUAAAGAUCUCUCAUGAAGACUUCCAUGGUAACAUUGUUCUAGCAGCCGAAUCAGAGUUUGAGCAGGCUCAGUGGCUGGAGAUGCUACAGGAGUCUGGAAAAGUGACCUGGAAGAACGCUCAACUGGGAGAAGCCAUGAUUGAGAGCCUGGAAGCUCAAGGACUACAGCUGGCCAAGGAGAAACAGGAAUAUUUAGAUAAACUAAUGGAAGAAACAGAAGAGCUAUGUCUGCAGAGGGAGCAAAAAGAGGAACUCGAGCGUCUGAACCAGAUCCUGGAAGCAGAGAAGCAGCGUUUUGAGGAGGUGGUGCGGGAGCUGCGGCUGGAGCAGGAGGAGAUCAGACGGGAGCUGGAGCUCACAGCCCGCUCCCUUAAAGGAGUGGAGGAAGAGAAGAAGGAGUUGCGAAGCCUGACAGAGUCCUUACAGAACACCCUAGAGGAGCUUUCCCUGGAAAAACAGCAAAUGCUGGAGAUGCUGGAAGAAAAUGAGAGCCAGGUCCCACCUCCAACCAGCCCCAGCAAGGAGCAAAGCCCCAUCUGGGGACUGCACUGCAGCCUGCGACAGAUUGAAGAGAAGAUGCAGCAACUUCUGCAGGAGAAACUCCUGGCAGAGAAAAGGAUGAAGGAGAAUGAGGAGCGGUCUCGAGCACUGGAGGAGGAGCGGGAGUUUUACUCUUCCCAGUCGCAAGCGCUGCAGAACUCGCUCUCGGAGCUGACUGCAGAGAAACAGCAGGCAGAGAGAGACCUCAAGGCUGAAGUGAAGGUACGCAUGGAUCUGGAGAAGAGACUGAGAGAGGCUGAGGAAGCCUUGCAGAGCUUGGAGCAAGGCUUAAAUUCUCUGAAUUGCAACAAGGAGAAAGAGAAGAAGAUGAAAGCAGAUGUCAGUAACUUGAGAAAGUUCUUUGAAGAGUGCAUCCGCAACGCUGAGCUGGAGGCCAAGAUGCCUGUGAUCAUGAAGAACUCCGUGUACAUCCACAAGGCUGCCACUCGCCGCAUAAAGAGCUGCCGCUUCCGCUGCCGGAGAACCAGCACUUCCUGGAAUGACAUGAAACAGUCACAGUCCUUCAUCUUCUCACAUGCAGAAGCUGAAAACAUUGAAGAGCUGAAAGAAGCAGCCAAAAGACUGAGCCGGGACCAGCGCUUUAGGAAAACUAUCUAUCAAAUCAUGAGGAGUUGGCUUGCUGCACACCCUCAGCACUUCGGUGGGGCACAUUUCCUGAAGACUGCAGCAGUCCCAGCCUCCCAAGCACUGACAAAAGUAUCAAACACAGGGCCAAACUUUUUGUCUUGAUGCUACAUCAUUUCAAGCAAACAGCAACAACACAAGGUGAAGACAACAGGAGGAUGCUGUGGAUUUGGGUCCAAGGAGGAUCAUGUACAGAGAAGAGCUUAUAGGUAACUCAAUGGCAUUGAUACAAGCUAGAGGGAGGAUUCUGUUGUGUUGAUGGUGGGCAGAACAUUCCAGGGCCACCUUUGCACAUUUUUUGCACUGGGACAUCUAGCUGUGUCAGAACUAGGGAAGGUGUUAGCUAUUGGCUAUCUGUUCCUCAGUGUGGAGAAGCCUUUGACUCAGUUUUGAUGGCUUCCUCAAGACCUCUGUAAAAUGAGUUGGAGGGCAGGGGGGUGAGGACUGUCCAGCAACAAAACCCACUGCCACUUCAGGCAAGCUGUAAGAGCUGUGGAAGAGGAGUCCAGGAGAGGAGUUACUGUGUUGUGGAGCCCCUUGCAGCCUCCCCCACCUAUUUUGAGCAAGCAGUUGGCUAAUAAUUACCCAUGCUGUAGGAACAGCACUGCCUGGUGCUUACAGACCACAGGAUAAGCACACUCAGAGUGACACCCUGUUUUCUCCUGCAUAUUAAUUGGGAAAUAAAUAUGCAGGAGAAUAAAGUAAGCAGCAGAAGUACAGUUAGGGGUUAAGGGGUGGUAAACUGCAGAUUUACUUUACCUUUCAUGGCAUCAGGACCCCCGGGUAUUAUGUAUGUCCAGUGACACGUAGGUAGUUGCUUGCUACUGUCCUAUUCAGACUGUGACAGUGUCUUCUCACAGCCUUUGGCUUCUGGCCACCUACAUAAUUCCCUAUAAAUUUAGUGUUGUUCCUAGGGAGAAGUCAAGGAUGAGACUGGGAAGCAAGCUUUGACUUACCAACCAGAGGAGAGUGGUUAAUGCUGGGUGGAGGAACAUCCUGUGACAGUGCUCCUGGAUGGAAUCACUCUAGUGUGACCAGAGGAAAAGCUUUGAAAGCACAGCCUGUACUUCCCAUUUUAGUCAGUUACUGACUAGUAUCCUUCUGCCAGGCAUUGGGAUGUUUCAUCCAGUCAGAGGAUCUAGCUCUGAAGGAGGAUGUUUUUGUGAUAACAGGUGAUACAGUAGGAGAAGAUUGUUUCCAUCCUUCCUUAGCAUACCUGAUCCUUCUGUGGUUUAUCUGCUAGAAAGCCACAAAUGAAUUCUUGCUCCUACAAGGCUGAAGGGCUCUGAUAAAGCAAUACAGAAAUGUUUUUUCCUUUAUGCUGCUCCCACAUCAUCUCUGGCUAUUUCCCAGUUACAAGGUCUAUAUUAGGUGAUGCUGGAAGGGAGAGAAUAAAGGAGAGCUAGGGAAUGCAUCUGUAAUUCAGGCAGUUGGAAAAAUCACCCUGUGGCCUGUGAAUAUAGCAUUUUUGUUCUAUUACCAUGAAAGCCACAAUACUUGACUCUUCAGAAGUA